UGUGUAGUUCCGGGAUGGUUGUCAAAGAGGUGUCAGAAGGAAUUUGUUCGAUUUCUAUCAGGAUGCCUCUUCGGUGAAAUAAUCAUGUUGCUGACGGCAUAUUUGUUUCUACUGGGGUUGCUAGCCCUGUGGGCUGUGCUGGAAUUUUCUGCCUGCCACUCUAAGCCAUCAGCUGGCAGCAGCGCCUUGGGCAAUCCAGCAUUCAGACAGUUUCAGCAUGACUUCUAUCGAGCUUACUUUCCUGCUCUGGCUGCGGACUGGUUGCAAGGCCCAUAUCUCUACAAACUUUACCAACACUAUAACUUCCUGGAGGGGCAGAUCGCCAUCAUUUAUGUGUGUGGUUUUGGGGCAAGUGUGUUAUCGGGUCUGGUGAGUGUUCCUUUGACAAAUCGCCUGGGCCGCAGAAAAUCAUGCAUCUUAUUUUGUUUUCUGCUAGCAGCAUGCUAUCUGUGCAAAUUGUCCCAGGACUAUUUUGUACUCCUAACUGGGAGGGUGUUGGGUGGUUUUUCAAGCUCAUUACUCUUCUCUUCCUUUGAAGCAUGGUACACACAUGAACACACUGAGCAUCAUGACUUUCCAGCUGAGUGGCUUCCUCACACGUUUUCCAGAGCAGCAGUUUGGAAUGGAGGGAUUGCUGUGGUAGCAGGAGUUACAGCUAACGCCUUUGCAGAGUGGUUGGGACUGGGGCCUGCCUCGCCUUCUGUGCUGGCAGUGCCACUUCUGGCUCUUUCAUUAGCUCUGGUUAUACGUGAGUGGGAUGAGAACCAUGGACACAGCAGUAGUUUCUCCCGGGUUUGUGGUGAUGGAUUGAGAUGCCUCCUGAGGGAUAGACGGGUAUUGCUUUUGGGUGCCAUACAGGCGCUGUUUGAGAGUGUGGUUUAUAUUUUCAUCUUUCUUUGGACUCCAGUACUGGAUCCUCAUAACACACCACUUGGUAUAGCCUUCUCCAGCUUUAUGGCCGCCAGUGCAGUAGGUUCAUCAUUAUAUCGUCUUGCUACAUCCAAGAAAUAUCAUUUGCAGCCAAUGCACAUACUUUGCCUGUCUGUCCUCAUGGUCUUUUUCUCCUUAUUUAUGCUAACCUUCUCAACUGGUCCAGGCCAGGAACGACCAACAGAGUCUUUCUUAGCCUUUCUGCUUAUCGAACUAGCAUGUGGCCUCUACUUCCCAGCUAUGGGCUUCUUGAGGCGACGGCUCAUCCCAGAAAAAGAACAAGCUGGGGUACUUAACUGGUUUCGUGUUCCCCUGAACCUCCUUGCUGGACUAGGGCUUCUUGUGCUGCAUGACAGUGACUACCAGAGUGGUACCAGGAACAUGUUCAGCUUGUGUGCUGUUACAAUGUUGCUGGCUCUGCUCAGUGUUGUGAGCCUUUUCUCCAUGGUAAGGAAUGACCCUGAUUUACGGAUACCAAGCACAGAGACAGAACCAAGUGGAUCUGAGCUUUGAGUGUGUGGAUAGUUGCUCUGUAAACUGCAUCAAAUACCAAAGCUUUGCAGACUGAACAGAAGUAGAAAAAUGAACUUCUGGAGAUAUCAUUUUUUAAAUAAGGUGUUUAAGAGAGAUUAUGGACCAGUGUGUGAUAAUUAUGAUUCUCAAUGUCUUUUAAUACAGCAACACAGAAAGCAUCCUUUUGAGUAUUUUCUCUGUUUUACCUUGUCUUGCUUGGGCAGCCUCAUCUGUUUUAUGUGAGAACUUGGGGGGGGGUGACAAUUACCUUUUUCUGAAAUUUUUGUUACAAACUAUUAAAAUAAUUCACAAAAAGCAAUUCUUAAAUGUU